GUGGUGGAUGUAAAAGACUUCUUUGGUGCAGAAAGCAAGUCCCAAGGUUAUGCACAUUUCCAUGAACAUAUCCAGUCACCAGUAAUACAAGACAUGACAUGGAAACCUUUUUAUACAUUUAAUUUAUUUCAAAAAAAGUCCUCAUAAAUACUUUAGCUUACAGUUUGAAACAAGAUUCCUUCAUAAUAGGAUCUCAAACUGUUGGUUCAGUUCGUAUGUAUUCUGGCCUUAUUUCAGAGGCUUAGAAAUAGGACAAAGUUGAAUAAGAAAAACUUGCAAUCUCCACAGGAAAUGAGAAAACACUGGAAAGGCUUGAGAUAUGUGAAGAAGUGCACUGUUGAGUUGGCGGUGGAUUUCCUGAACUGCACAAAGAAAAAAAGAUAAUACAUACAGAGCAAGUAAAAUUAUGUGGAAAUGGUUAAAAAUUACAGUAUAAGUCAAUUAAUUUUGUCAGAAAUAUGUAAACUACUGUUAAGUUUAAAAAGUCAUCAUUCCAGCAUUAAGGUUAAGGUGCCUAGUAUCACUCUGCCUGUUGCCCCUAGAUUUUGCUAAACACAUUUGUCAAUUUUAGUGCGUAAUUUACCAAUGUAAAAUAAUCUGGACAUGUUUUACUAUUAGGAAUUAGUUUCCUAAUGCACUAGGAUAAUUAAAACACUUAAACUAUUUCAUGACGUCAAAUGGAGCUCCUCACAAACUCUGAUUUACUUAAUCAGAGAGAUCCUUAAGUCAAUUCUUUGUUGCUAGAAAUACAUUCUAAUUUUGCAUGUACCUGCUUCCAAGGACAGAUUUAUGGAUGCAUCUCUCAGUAUCUGUCCAAGUACAAAAAGUACGUGACAGAUGUUGUUGUACUUUGUUACUUUGGUGCUAAACUCUUCCUCUCCUGUUGUAAGUAAACGUUUACAUGUAAUGGUACAUACAUACAUUAUUAACGUGACUAACAGUUAGCUAUAAAGCUAGGUUACAGGUCAGGGACUAUAACCUUGCAAGGUCGAGAUCCUUGAGUCCAUGUUUAAACCUGCGGUAACCAUCUAUAUUUCUUAAAUUAUUUGGAAUAGUGUUCCAAUGUCGGGCAGCCUGGUAUCUCCAUGACUUGAUCCCAUACUUUGUUGAAUUUACUUUAGGUAACUUUAAAAUAGCAUCACCACGUAAAUUAUAAUUGGAAUUACAUGCCGUCAAUAGAAGCAAGGACCAGGAAAGGAAAGGUAAAACUUAAAAGGCAAUUUCUAGAACAAGAACAUGAAACGCAGAAACUGCAAUUAAUGAACAAAAUUUGAUUUGCCAAGGCAGAAGAAAACGCCUGUGCUUGGUGCAUCGCCAGAUGCCAAAGUUGUUGACUUUGGAUGUUCACUUGGAGGGCAGGGUGGCCGAGUGGUCAGCACGUCGGACUCGCAAUCCGGCGGUCCCGGGUUCGAGUCCCGCUCUGGCCACUUGCUGGAUUUGUGCUCGGUCGUCCCGAAGAAGCCAAACAAGGAACCUAAAGAAUAUCAGAUGACUGUACAUCGGUUCGGAGCUACAACCUCACCAGGCUGCUGAAAUUUUCCAUUGAAAAGUUACUGCUAACGACAAUGGUAAGCAAAUUGGUUCUGCAGCAGCUAAUUUUAUUCCUGGUGACUUCUAUGUGGACGAUGGCUCAAGUCCGUACCAUCAGUAGAUGAAGCUGUGAAGCUUAUCAAGGAGACGUGCAGAAGAGAAGAUUUCAAUUUACACAAGUUCAUCUAAGGGUAAAGAAAUCAUCAACAGCAUACCGACUGAAGAUAGAGCCGAAGACAUCAAAAAUCUUGACCUCUGCCAGGAGAGCGCGAGCACGGAGUAAAGUGGUGCAUCGAAAAUUACUCUUUCAAUUCUCAGAUAAUGCUCAAGGAUAAACCAUGCACAAAGAGAGGAAUUCUAUCCACAAUUACCUCUAUCUUUGGCACAUUGGGAUUUGUUGCCCCCAUUCUUUUAGAAGGCAACAAAAUUCUACAAGAAUUGUGUAAAGAAAAUACUUGCUGGGAUGAACCAGUUUCAGAUGCUAUUAAGGCAAAAUGGGACAAAUGGAGAUCGGAUCUUCACUACACACAAAAAAAAGUGACAGUGAUAAAGCUUUAGAUUAUCUUAACUGGUAAAUAGACGAGAGAACCAUGUUUCGUUAAAAGACGCAUUAAAGGACACUGCCCACAAUUCUUAAAAGCUAUUUUGCAUUUCUAGACAAGUGCACAGGUUGCACUUUCCAAGGGUUCAAAUUGACAUUGCUAAACACUUUAUUACAACGGUUGUAAAACUUUUAAUAGGUUACACUUUAAAUGUUUUUUCCUUUUUAAGAUUUUAUUUAUGUUCACUGUAACUGUUUAUAGUCUGUAUUUUAAGACAAAGUUUUCUUAGCGUUUACUUGUAUUAGUCUAUCUUAUUAUUGUAUAGUUUUGAUGAGUUUUAUGAUUUUAAUUUUUAUCAGGGCGCUAAUUGAUAGCAGUGCUGAAGGCCUCAGAAUGGGCUACCCUGAUACAAAUAAAUUAAGUCUCUCUCUAACACACCUUCCAGAACUGCGUCACACCUAGCAGCUAGUCACGUAUCAAAAUCCAAGGGGACUAUAGAGAGUUUAUUAAAGCAUUUUUUUGGGCUUCUGCAAGAAUUUUACACAGCAGUGAUUCAAAAUGGCAGUAAAAAAAAAUACAGCUUUUUUUCACUGGAAAAGCAUUAAUUACAGCGUGACCGAUUUACCGUGACUGACAGGAACCACUUUUUUGGAGGUAUGGAUUAUUUCUUCAUAAAAUUUAGCAAAUACACAAAGACCAUGUUAAUGAAGAGAUCUGUGUUCGACCAAAGGUUAGAGUUGCCCUACAGCUGAGUUAUUGAUAUCAAAAUGUGGAUCAAAUUGGACCUAGAGGGUGGAUUAAUUGGAGCUGUGUCAUGGUCCAACACUCAUGGUCCAACACAGAAUUAUUCUAUCCUACGUUACUAUUUCUGUUACAAUUCUUUACAAUAACUCUAAGGCUUCUUCUGAAAUUUCGAUUUUUCUCUUUCCGUGCCACCCUAGGGGUUAAUUAAAUUAACACCUUUUGGGUGACAUAGCAUAAUUUAUUUUGGUACUCUUUAGUACCUCGAGAACAAAAUUUCCCAGUGCAGACACCUUAAAAGACAGGUUAGUUAACUGCAGGUUAAUGGCAACUAAUUCGAGGUUGGCAUCCCAUAAUACACUAAACAUUCACUUGUCAGUACUGGCGAAAAGCAAUAAAGGGCUUCCGCAAAGGGGUACCACAAGGCCAGAAAGCAUAAGUUUAGUGCCUCUGAAGUUGCAAUUUUGACCGAGAAGGCAGAGGAAAAUUUGGCAAUUCUUUAAAGCAAAUGGACAGUUUAUUGAUUUGUGGGCUCUUAAAAAUGUUUCCGACUCCCAAAAAAUUUUCUUAGACAGCAGCCUUGCUUAAACAUAAUAAGAUUUUUUUAUAAGAUUAGUUAUAUUUCAUUUUUCUAGUUAUCAGAUGUUUAGCCAAAAGUAAUCUUAAAAUAACGAGAGAUAUGACUUUCUCUCUCCAGUAAUUCAAUACAGGGAGUCCUGAUAUAAAAGGGAGAAGGUGAAACAAUAGCCUCUGUAAGCAACAGCAGGAAGUCAGGUAAUAAUAGUAAGAAGCAACCUACUGAAUACUCUACCAAGACUGUUACUUGUCCAGAAGGCUUUAAAUGGUCAAUUGUAAGGCAUACAAGCACUAUUAAAUUAAACUAUGCCUAAAAGAACUGCUGCACCAGACAAAUUAAUGAGACGUUAUCAGAAGACCAGUGUAACAAAAACAAAAAAAGAACGAAUGCAUACCUUCAGCAACAGGUCUAAGAGUGGAAGCAAAACCACUGACUUGCUGGGUAAGUCUAAACAAGGAAACAUCUCUAAAGAGUGGAGAGGAUCCAACUGAAAGCAAUAUGUCUUUUAUGUCCUCAGCGUCUUCACACUAUCAGAUGAAACAGGUUAAUGUUCAUGACUAUCAUACAUUUUUCCUGUUACUUCAUAAGGUUUAGUUUAUCUAACCCUCUCUAAGUAAACUCCUUUGCAUUGUACUGACAAUUUAAGAGUCAAUAUCUGGAAAAGUGAUUGGUGAUCAUUAAUAAAUACUGACAUUGGUAUGGUAACCUGUUCGUACUUUCAACUUAUUUCAAGCAAGUGUUACGAACUAUUUAAAUACCUUUGAGUGUUAUAAAAGAGACUUCAGACAACCAGAAAUGAGACUAAUCUCAUAACCAUUCAGAGUAGUUCCUUGUCAUAACAACAUACCAGAAGAGCUGAUCAAUCUUACAAAUACAUUCCACCCGUGAGACACAAAGGUUACCUGUUCUAUUUUAAUAAUUACAAAAGUUAUCCAAAUUCCAUUUCAUUUACAAUUACCUAAGUUAUUAAUCAUCUUUCCAAAUUUUACAGACAAUUUGCUAUGAUGAUGCAUGCCAGCUCAAGAAAUUCACGCAAAACCUAACAAGAAACCAGCUAACUAGCACGGCCAAGAAAAUGUCACAAACGGUAAUGGUGUGCGACAAAUUUCACUUCAAGAACCACAAGGACAUGUGGUGCAAAAGAAACUGCAGUCCUUACACUUGCGCUAGCCUC